AUUGUGUCAAUCGUCAUGGUUACAAAAUCAGACUGGAAACAGUAUUUCAUGCUCAUUUGGGGUGUGUAAGAAAAACGUGGUAAAUGCUGGACCAGGAGGUGCCAUGAUCAGAUCGCUGGACAAAACAGAAGCAAAAUUUGGACAUAUUACAACACUGAUUUCAUAACCGCUUCAAUGGAUACAAAAACAGCUACAAAUGGCACAUUCUACAAUAACUCCAACUACUGUACAAACCUAUAUGAUCAUCGUACCUGGGCACAGGUUUUCCUACCUGUGGUGUAUUCCCUAAUUUGUAUUGUGGGAUUUUUGGGCAAUGCCUUGGCUUUGCAUGUCAUAUGGCCUAACAUGAAAAAAAUCAACUCCACCACGCUCUAUUCGGCCAAUUUGGUGGUGUCGGACAUCUUGUUUUCGCUCGCUCUGCCUCUGCGUGUGGUUUACUACGGCAAGGGGUUUCACUGGCCAAUGGGGGAAGGACUAUGCAAGGCCACAGCCCUGCUGUUCUACAUCAACAUGUACUCUGGCGUCAACUUUAUGACCUGCCUAAGCGUCGAUCGAUUCAUCGCCGUGGUGUUACCACUGCGCUUCUCUCGGUUUCGAAAAGUUCAAAACGUGCGGUACAUAUGUGUGGCCGUGUGGAUAGUGGUGCUGAUGCAGACUCUGCCUUUGUUGUCAAUGCCGAUGACGAAUAUGGAGGAGAGCGGUCACGUGACAUGUAUGGAGUAUCCCAACUUUGAGAAGAUUGACAACUUGCCCGUCAUGCUCAUCGGUGCAGUGUUCCUCGGAUACGGCAUUCCCUUGAUCACCAUACUGGCAUGCUAUUCCGCCCUGUGCUAUAAGCUCCGCCUGCUGGCCAAAUCGAAUAAAUUGACAGAGAAAUCAGGUCGCAGUCGCAAAGUCAUCGGCGUGAUUUGUGCCGUCAUUCUCGUGUUUGUAGUUUGCUACAGUCCGUAUCACAUUGAUCUCCUGCAGUACAUGAUCAGAAAGUUGCAAUACAAACCAGAUUGCACAGAGCUACACAAGUUUCAGAUCUCCCUUCACAUGACUGUGUCCCUGAUGAAUCUCAACUCAUGUCUGGACCCUUUCAUCUACUUCUUCGCCUGCAGGGGCUAUAAGAAGAAGGUACUCAGAUUGCUCAGGAAGCCAGUGAGCAUGUCCUUCUCGAGUGUGGUCAGGACCUCACCUGAGGGCUCCUCUAAAGAUGUGUUUGCAAAUGAUAAAAUGACCAUGAGCAGCAGAAUCCAAAGAGAGAGGAGCAGCGUGCUGCUGGAUGAGGAAGGGCAGCAAUAGAGAACACACAUGGACAUGUGUAAGACAAUCCCAAUUCAAAAGCCAAUUUUAUACCUCUGGAUUAUUAUUAUUAUUUUAUAAAGUUUAAAGAUAUGUUUUGCUGUUCAUAAAUUGCUUAUAUGUUUUGGUAUUACGUAGCUAGUUUGAUAAAUAAAACUUAUUCUGAUA